GUGGUGGACGACAACGCAAUCAACCGUCCUGCCUGCCUGCCUACCUGCAUCUCCGUCCCACCGUUCUCAUCCCCUCUGCACCACCCGGGCAUGUCUCUCUCUCUGCCCACCAGGUGGUGGACGACAGCGUGAUCAACCGGCGGGUGGCAGCGAGCACGCUGGCGAGGUACGGGGCAGAAGUGGCGCCUUGUAACCCCGUGUACCUCCCAACCCCCCCAACCCUCUCCACCCACCAGGUGGUGGACGACAAUCUAAUCAACCGGCGGGUGGCUGCGAGCACACUCACACGGUACGGCGCGGAGGUGGCGCUGGCGGAGUCGGGCGAGGCGGCGCUGCGCCUGCUGCAGGCGCGCCACUCCUUCUGCCUCGUGCUCAUGGACCUCCACAUGCCGGGCCUGGACGGGUGCGUGCUCGUGUGCUCAUGGACCUCCACAUGCUGGGCCUGGACGGGUGCGUGCUCAUGUGCUCAUGGACCUCCACAUGCCGGGCCUGGACGGGUGCGUGCUCGUGUGCUCAUGGACCUCCGCAUGCCUGCCCUCGAUGGGAGCGUGCGUUCAUAA